GCAUAACUUUCGGUCCACAACACAACUACCUGUUCCCUCUUCAAACAGUACCAUCUUUUUGAAACCCAUCACUUUAAUUCCACAUAUAACACGACGAUCUAUUACACAGUUGCUAGCAAUGUCUAACCAAUGGUCUACAAAGCCUUCUGGGCCAUGGGACGAGAAAUACCUGGAGCUGGACCCUGGAAACCCCAAUCUGCGAACACCCGGUCCCACUGAACCGAUUUUAUAUCCUCAAAAUCCUGGUGAUCUCUAUAUCAUGAAGCCUGUAUCACACAGCUGGGCUGAUAUCUCUGAAAUGAUCGUACACUGUGCAAAUAGUAAGAAAGACAUCACAUCUCGCUCUAUUUAUGACCAAUUAUGCCAAGCAAUCUACUUCAACCACGACCCCAACACUAUCCUUUUACAGUUUAAGGAGAUCUACAACCAUUUGUUUUUCGGAGAUAUGAUCAAAAACUCUACCAUGAAAAACUUUGUCGACGACGAAGUCAAGAUUAUAUUCAACCUUGAGAUAGUCUCCGAUAGGGCUCGAGCCGUGGGGGUUGGGUUGAAUGAUGCCUUGGGUCUCACUACUGGUUUUCCUUGCGGUAGAUUCAGGUGUGUAACAAUAUACAUCUUGGACAGACGCGCUCAAAUGCCUGGAUUGAGCUACUUCGAAGUGAUAAUUGAAAUGUUGGGGACCCUUGCCCAUGAGAUGAUACAUGCCAUGGAAUUCAUGUAUACAAAGUACAGAGGCGAAGAAAUAGGAAUUACUUACGCUCCGCAUGGUGCCAACUUUCAAAAAGCUGCGCAAGCCAUUGAGCAAGCAACCGGUUAUCAAGGGUGGACCUGGCCGGUAAUUGAACUUGGCAGAGAUUGGGCGGUAAUUCAGGACGUCUUCUUUUAUAAAUACAAGGAACCGACUGAUGCAGAGUUUCGAAACAUGGGAUUAGAUGCCGAGAAGAUUAGGAAAAUCCUAUAUCCAAGGACGAUGAGAUCGACCGAUCAGCCGAGCGAUUUCAAUUAAAUAAUACUCAUCAUCCCAAUUCCUCACA